AUGGGCUGGUUCUGGAGUGAUAAUAAGAAUGACCCGGUCAAGAAUCUUGAACCGGGUCUACGUGAAUACCUUGAGCAGGAGACGCCCGACAAAUACGUGCCCGCAAACGAUGCGAAGAAGCCGUCUACACCCGCGCAAACGCCUCAACCACAAGAGCAAGCCGAUCCAUCGAAGUCUACCGUCCCCGUUGCCUCACUCUAUCAGGAUGGUCGCUACGCAGACCUUUGGAAGACCUACAAGCCGCCGACCAAUCUCGAUGGGCGUUCCGAUGCUCGCGGAGCGGAGCGAGUGAUUGAGCAUCAUAAGGAGCGCGGCGACACUGUGCAGCGGGCGGCGAUGGAGAACUGUGCGCUGGAGCAUGAAGCCCUGACAUACUGCUUCAAGACAGGGAAUUGGCGCAAGCAACUCGAGUCUCGUUUGACCAUGUGCGCGGCUGAGAAUGGUAUCUUCUCACGAUGCUUCACAACCCAGAGCAAAUUCCUACAGGCCCUCGGCUAUGCCUCGUCCUUCGACUAUGACCCCGCCAGGGAGGAACGCAUCCAGAUGCACGCCGACAAGCUCUACCACCAGAUGCUGGACUACGAGAAGCGAGUGGACGAGGCCAAGGCUGCCGGCACUGAGAUUCCACCCGUCACAUCCCUCUUCUAUCCCGAGAAGGGGCCACAGCGGCCGUCGCAAGAACAAAUACCAGAGGGCAGCAAGGCCAAGGUUGUGAUCCCCGGAGAUGAGCCUGUCCCCGAAGGAUUCAGGCCAUCCAAGCCACUGUGGCAACUCACGCCACACGAAAGAGAAUUAGAAAUUCGAUCCCACAAUGCCCAGUUGGAGCAGCAGAAGCUGUAUUUCGAGGAGGCCAGUCCGUUCGUGAAGGCUCAGGAAGAUACUCGGACGAAGCGGCAGGAAAAGGCCGUGAGCUGGUUUGGUGAGACAAUCGGCAAAUGGGUCUCAUGA